AUGGGUAACAGCAAGGUUUACUUCGACGUCACCUGGGCCCCGUCAUGCAGAACGGCAAGCCUACCUCCACCGUCAAGAGCCAGUCCGAACCUCUGCAACGACAUUAUCCCCAAGACCAGCGAGAACUUUCGCGCUCUCUGCACCGUCGAGAAGGGCUUCGGCUAUACUGGUUCCACUUUCACCGUUAAAAACUCCCAGUUCUUUGGUAUUACUGUUAUCACCUCGUGGCUUAACAUCCGCUACGUCGUCUUCGGCAAGGUCGCUAACCAGAACUCCCUGAAUAUUAUUAAGGCUCUUAAGGCUACUGGUUUCGGAAGUGGUGCUGUCAACUCCAAGGAGUAA